AUGUCUUCUGCAAAAAGAUCGUCGAAUGAUUUAUCAAAGAUCUCACGAGAUUCAAACAAAGUAUCAUCAUGUAUCGCUUGUCGAAUGCGUAAGAGAAAAUGUGGACAACAAAGACCAAUUUGCGCUCAGUGUGAUGAGAUUAAGAUCCCAUGGAGCUUAUGCUCCUAUAGUAAGACAAGUUUAAAAGCAGAUGGACCUAAAGAGACCUUGGCCCAGCUUAAGAAGUCAAAUGAAGCGUUGAAAAAGGAAUUGAAGGCGCUUAGCUCUAAAUUAGAUGGCGAUGAUGUGGGUAAACAACAGUCACAAAUUGGUGAUUUGCAUAAGAACCAGUUGUUUACAACGGUAAAGGAAACUCCAGAUUGUAUGAUUCAUUCUGGAUCCACUUCAUGGAAAACAUUGACUUCAACAGAUACUUUAUUUAAUGCUAUCGUCCAUCAAUUUCAUUUAAUAUUGAAAACUGAAAGAAUGAAUUAUUCCGAAAAGCAAGAUAGAAAUAGCUCAAAUGGACAAAAUGGAAUUCAUGAAAUUGAAAACUUGAUUGAAAAAUUUCCAUUCACAAAGAAAGGUUCACAAAUCGUUGGUUCGCAUAGAGAUUAUUUAAAAAUUAUUCAUCAAGUUUUAAAAAACAUUGAAUCAAUUUUACCAAACAUUGAAACUAUAACUCAAUUCAUGGACAUAUACAAAAACUACAAUAUAAAUAGUAGUGGGGUUUUAUCAGCUGAUUAUGAAACAUUAUCCCAAGAACUGAAGAAUUUCCUAAUUGAAUCCAAGACAAACUCAGGUUACUAUAAAAUUAAUAUCAAAUUACCAACAGAUUUCUACAAAAUUUCACCAUUCAUGUUAUUUAUAUCCACAAUCUCAUUCAUGGCAUUUUGUAGGAACCAAUCAGAAUCCACAACAAGAACAAAUAUAGAUUUCACGCAGCUUUUAGAGUAUCAAGAUGCUUUAUAUAUCCUGGUUCAUGACUAUCUUGAAGCUAAAAAUGAUCUUCGUUAUAUAUACUCAGUUGAAGGUUAUCAAGCAACAUUAAUAUCACAUUGGAUGAGACAAUAUAUCAAUAUACCUUCAAGCAGUCAACAAAAUCAAUCAGGUCCUCAGACUACUGUUUUCUUGAGAAAGGCAAUAGCGUUGGGGAAUAGUUUGAAUUUAAAUAAAGAUAUUGACGUUUAUUAUGCACAUAAAACAAAAGUGCAAAGGGAUAAAUUGAAAACAUUAUGGCAUUCAGUGGAACUAUUUGAUAUUUUACAUUCAUUUGAAUAUGGAAUUCCACCAAAAAUUAAAAAUGAGAUUCCCGAUUAUAGUGAUGAUCAAAAAACAAUCUAUUCAGAAACCCCUAAAGUGUUGAAUAAAGUCUUUAAUCUUUAUACUGAAAUAGAAAUGAUGGAUGAUACUUACGUUUUCAUUAAAAUUGUUGAAUAUGGGAUAAUCAAACCCUUAAAAUUGUUGUUAACUGAUACCUUCAAUCCAUUGAUGGAAGACAUAAAUAAUUUAAGAUCCAUUGAUUUCAAUGACUUGUCAAAUGCACCAGUGUUUUAUGAUUUGGUUCAAGCAAUUGGUCUAAGAUCAUUAGUUUAUUCAAUUAUCCAAACUUUUUAUCAUAUUUGCUUCAAAAGAUUAGAAAUUAUACAAGAUGAUCAAUCAGAAAUAUCUAAAGUAAUAACAAUCAAAACAUGGAAAUAUUCAUUAUUAUUAUACAAACUUAGAAAAGAACUAUACUUUGCAUAUAAUAGAUUAUUUCAUCAUGAGAAUAAGAUAUAUUAUGAUCCUGUUUGUACAUUAUCAAUGGUCAUUAUUCCAUAUAUAAGAGUGGCUCUUAGAAGAUCAAUGAUCUUUGUAUACGGUAGAUUUUUGAAUGAAUUAAAAGAAGAAGAUCUUGUCAUGUUUGUGGAUAAUUUCUUUUUUGAUCAAUCUUCAUUGGGGAAAUAUGACGAUGAAGUUUUCAAGGUUUUUGAAAUUAAAUCGGAUUUUAGGGAGGAUAGAUAUACACUUGAAGAUUAUGGUGACUUGAUAAUUGAUGAUGAUUAUUCCCAGUUGUUGGAAAAAUUCAAUAAACUUUUUGACUGGAAUUUUCUCGUUUAUACAGUGGGUAAACUAACUCAGUUUUUCAUGAAUGAAGAUGAUGAUUCAGAAUUUGGAUUCAUUUCAUAUAGUUAUAUUCAUUUCAUUGGUUUGAAAAUGAUUAAAUUCUUCUUGCGUUAUUAUCUGGCAACAUCAUUGAUAGGAUCAGGUCGUACAGUUACUACAAGAAACACGUCAAAUCAAUUACAAAAGACUAAAAUAUUCAAUGAUUGUUAUAAUAGAAGAAGCUCAGACUUUAAGUUCAAGACAUUUUUCCUGGAUUGUUAUGAAAACAAUGAUGAUGAUGAUCAUAAACUUGAUCAAUUAUUCAAAAGUUUAGAUUUACCAAUUACAGGAGAUUCCAAAUUUUUUUAUUCCUGGUUUGAAUAG